AUGGACGUUUCGAGUGAUCAGAGUGUUGCAAAAGCGAAAGAAUAUCUAGAGCGUCGAACAGCGGAGUAUGGCGGUUUGCACGGACUGGUGAAUAACGCAGGCAUAUUGGGCAAAGAAUUCUUCGACGAAUUCUUGACCCUUGAUGACUACAAAGAGGUUGCAGAAGUGAACACAUGGGGAGUUAUUCGAGUUACGCAUGCGAUGAGCUCUCUAAUAAAGCAGACAAGGUUGGAAAUUUUGCGUAGAAAAUUAGUAUACAAAGCCAUUGAAAUAAUAUUGGGGAUAUAUGCUCAAUCGAGCGAUUCACAUCUAAACAUCAUGAAUUAUUUUGGUUAA